CGCAAACCUGAGAAAGUGAGAAAGCUGGAUGAGCCGACAAAAUGAAGAGAGAGAUUCUCCUCCAUCUCUCUAAAAAUUCAACGUCAACUUGAAUCAUAUGGAAUUCCGGCAACCCCUUUUCCGCCGGAAUCAACAGCAAUUUCGGUGUGACAAUUGCAUCUGCCCUCAUGUCAACUUUCAUCAUUUUAACCAUGAGUUUUCAGGAUAGACCAAGUGGGAUAAUACUCAGGCUAGAGCCCCUGCUAGUCAGUUCACGAGAAAUGGAAGAAUUAUCUCACGAGAAGGUGAAGGUCGCUAUUCAACCCACCUCUUGCAUCGCUCACAUACCUACUGAGAUCGCAGGAAUGGAAUCAAUACAUAUCUCUCGAGUGCUAAACUCACAGGGACGAAGACGGGUUGCUCAGAGUCGUCAACAACCCCAAACGGGGGAAGAUGAUGGCUGGCACACCAUCAUCUACAGGGGACGACGACACCCCCAGCCCAACCGCAGAAUUACCUCGCUCCACAGCACCAACUUUGAAAUCAAUCGGGCAGAGCGUGCCAUUAAUCACUACCACCGAUUACUACCUGAAAACGAAAUUGAAAUCGAUUUUGAACCUAAUAGAUCGGCCCUGGUAAAGGAAACUCACAAACCCAGAGUAGAAGGCGGUUGGUUUGAGAGAAAAAUAAGGCGAGACAAUCGGAGCCAGAGGAAUCGAAACAGCAAGGCGAGAGGACGCUCAGGAUAUCGUCUUGAUCUCUGCGAUGGAGUGUCACCAGACCACGGCAGAGGUAGCAGCCGCGAGAAAGCCAUGGCAGACGCCUCUUCCUACUCUGCGCCAACCACCGCAGGUGAGAGGCCAACCUCCGACAUCCAGUACAUCGAGGAGACAAGAAGGCCAGGAUCCAUCCUUACACUCACAUGGGCGGAUGUGGUUGAGUCCAGUUCGGACAAAAAUAAAUCACCUCUCAAAAUAAACCAAACAUCUACAUCAAAAUAAAAGUCAACCCUUUCUAUAGAGUUAGCACAAACGGAUCCGGCUCAAAUUAUCCCCUCUACAGAUGACUUAUUCGAGAAAUCAGAUAAGUUCCAUUUUUCGGAGAGGAAGGUUUUGAUUCUAUCAAAAUUGAAUCAAAGACCUUUAGAUUUGCUGUCACGAAAAAUGAGAUGGUCAUUUUUGAAUUUAAAAAAUCCUCACUGCAUAGGAUUAAUUUCAAAAAUGAGCUAGCGCCCGAGAUCUUCAGAUUUAUAAACCAUCUCUCCCGAUCAGAUAACUUUAGGGAAAAUAGAAGAUUUGGUACUAUCACGGUAUCCUCAAAUUGCAACAGUUCUGGGUGGUAUCUGAAGAUAGCUAAGGAAAAGGAGAGCUUCAUUAAAAUCCCAAUGGGCCUAAACAAUGCCAAUUUAAUUAUUUUCAUGACUAUAUUAUUAAAUUUUGUUGGACUGAGUAAUUUAGUGCAAGAGACAGCAAUGGAUAUGCUACCAUAAAC